AAAAAAAAAAAUGUCUGCCGCCGAAGCCCAACAAGUGCAAGAAAGCUUUGAGAAGUUGUCUGUCGACGCCGCUCCAGUUGAGGAAACCCCAGCCACUACCGCUGCCUCUGAAGAAGCCUCCUCUUCCCAGCCAGUCUCCGACAACUCUGCCUCCUUGUACGUUGGUGAGUUGGACCCACAGGUCUCCGAAGCCACUUUGUUCGAAGUCUUCUCUGCCAUCGGUCCAGUCUCCUCCAUCAGAGUGUGUCGUGACGCCGUUUCCAAGAGAUCCUUGGGUUACGCCUACGUCAACUUCCACAACGUCUCUGACGGUGAACGUGCUAUUGAUGAGUUGAACUACUCUCCAAUCAAGAACCGUCCAUGCCGUAUCAUGUGGUCUCAGAGAGAUCCAUCGUUGCGCCGCAACGGUGCCGGUAACAUCUUCAUCAAGAACUUGCACCCGGCUAUUGACAACAAAGCGUUGCAUGACACCUUCUCUGCUUUCGGCAAGAUCUUGUCGUGUAAGGUUGCCACCGACGAAAUGGGCCAGUCCAAGGGUUUUGGGUUUGUCCACUACGACACCGAUGAGGCCGCCACCGCCGCCAUCGAUAACGUCAACGGGAUGUUGUUGAACGACCGUGAGGUUUACGUCGGCCCACACAUCUCCAAGAAGGACCGUGAAUCCAAGAUUGAGGACAUGAAGGCCGUCUUCACCAACGUCUACGUCAAGAACGUUGAUGUCGAGUUCUCCGAGGAGGAGUUCAAGAAGUUGUUCGAGACCUAUGGCGCCAUCACCUCCAUUCACUUGGAGAAGGACGCCGAGGGUAAGUCCCGCGGUUUCGGUUUCGUCAACUUUGAAACCACCGACGAUGCCGCUAGAGCCGUCGACGAGUUGAAUGACAAGGAGAUUAACGGCAAGAAGUUGUACGUCGGCCGUGCCCAGAAGAAGGGCGAGAGAUUGCAGGAGUUGAAGAAGCAGUACGAGGCUAUCCGUAUGGAAAAGCUCUCCAAGUACCAGGGUGUCAACUUGUUCGUUAAGAACUUGGACGACUCCGUUGACGACGAGAUGUUGAAGGAGGCCUUUGCUUCUUUCGGUACCAUCACCUCCGUCAAGGUCAUGUCCGACGAUGCCGGUAAGUCCAAGGGCUUUGGUUUCGUCUGUUUCUCUACCCCGGAGGAAGCCACCAAGGCUGUCUCCGAGAUGAACCAGCACAUGUUGGCCGGUAAGCCAUUGUACGUUGCCUUGGCCCAGAGAAAGGACGUCAGACGCUCCCAGUUGGAACAGCAGAUCCAGGCCCGCAACCAGAUGAGAUUGCAGCAGGCUGCCGCUGCCGGCGGUAUGCCAGGCCAGUUUAUGCCACAGGUCUUUUACGGCCAGCAGCCAGGCGGCUUCAUGCCACCAGGGUCCCGUAGCGGUGCCCCAUUCGGCGGUCCAAACCCAAUGAUGAUGCAGCAGGGCCCAAGAGGCCAGAUGCCUCCACAGGGUCAGUGGCCACGUCCUGGUCCAAACGGCCAGCCAAUGCCAGUCUACGGCAUGCCACCACCUCCUUUCAACCAGGAGUUCAACCGUGGUCCACAGAGAAACUACCAGAGCAGAGGUAACUUCAAGAACCAGCGCAAGGAGGGUGGCUUGGCCGCCGCUUUGGCCCAGGCUGCCCCAGAGCAGCAGAAGAGAAUGCUCGGUGAAGAGUUGUACCCAAAGAUUGCUGCUUCCGGUAAGGCCCAGGACGCCGAAGCUGCCGGUAAAAUCACCGGUAUGAUGUUGGACUUGCAGAACGAGGAAAUUUUGAACUUGUUGGAGAACGAAGACGCCUUCAAGACCCACCUCGAUGAAGCUCUUGCCGCUUACGAGGAGUACAAGAAGACCGCUGAGACCGAAGAGGCUUCCGCUUAAAUCUCGUAUUUUUAUUUUGAUUUGUUUCGUAGUUUUUGUGUCGGUUGGGUUUUUGGAAUUAUAUAUUAUUAAAUAUAAAAAAAAAGACUUAACGUGGAGGUAUGACGCGCCAUAACCGUCUCUUUGGACUAAUCUAG